AUGUCAGAGAAAGUUAGAUAUUUUCUUGAACAAUCUGUGCCGGAGUUGCAAGAUUUGCAGAAUAAAGGUUUAUUCGAGAAAAAUGAAAUCACAAUGAUCAUGAGAAGAAGAACUGAUUUCGAGCAUCGUAUUCAGGCCCGUGGUUGUAAACCAAAGGAUUUUAUCAGAUAUCUUGAAUUCGAAAAGAAUUUAGAAAAACUCAGAGGUAAAAGAUUUAACAGAUACAAAAAAGUUGGUGCCUGUGAUACCAGAAGAUCAUUGAGUGAUUAUGCUGGGGUCAAGAGAAUCUUUUUCAUUUACGAGAGGGCGGUUGAUCGUUAUCCAAAUGAAAUCAGUUUAUGGAAUAAUUAUCUUUUGUAUGCCAAGAAGAACGGUUCAGUGAAAACUGUUUACAAUAUCUAUACCAAGGUUCUACAGAUACAUCCAACAAAUAUUCGCUUCUGGAUCAGCGCUGCCAAUUACGAGUUUGAAGAGAAUUUCAACGUCAAGGCUUCAAGAGUCCUUUUCCAAAAAGCUUUGAGAUUCAAUGCCGAAUCAUUGGACUUAUGGUUGGCUUACACCGAGUUUGAGUUGUUAUAUAUUACUAAACUUUUGGAAAGAAGAAGAAUUCUUGGUUUGUUGACUGAAAAACAACAACAAGAAAACGAGGGCACAGAAGUCAAGAAAUCCAUAUUUGAAAAUCAAGAGGAAGAUGAAGACGACGAUAAUGUUUUGAAAUUACCAAAUAACAUCGAUGAUGAUGUUAAGCAAGAACUCAAACAAUUGCCAGAAGCCGACAUGAACAUGUUGGGAAACCCAGAACAAAACCCUGCUUUGCGUGGUGACAUUGCCUUGACGAUUUUCGAUGUGGCAUUCAAGACUUUGCUCAAACAUAAGGCGAAGAUCAUGAAUUCUGAAUCCAAGUUUUUAAAACAAACCAAAGAAGAAUUGGUUUUGGGGUACGCUGGUGAAUUCUUGGUGAUUUUUGAUAAAUUCAAGAAUUUGAAUAGAUCCAACUUGAGUGGACAUGUUAUCAACCAUGUGCUUCAACUUAUACCACACGACACUAAGGCCAAAUUGUUGGAUAUUGCUUUGCCAAUCAGAUACGAUACCAUUGAAUCGCAGAAUUUUGUUGAUGAUUUGAAGUUAUCGGUGAACAAGUUCAUGGCGUACAAAUCUAAAAUGGACGAUUCCAAGUUGACUGGUUUGUUUGUCGAAUACUUGAAUGAUCAAUUUAUUAAUAACGUUGAUAAUGAGCAUCUUAAUUCUGCCACGGAAAAAACUGUGGCUACUUUACAAGUUAUUAUCAAGAAGAUUUCAAACUAA